ACAUCUACGAAGAUCAGUACACCACACGAAUCUCAUUCGAUAGUUUCAUUUACAUUCGAAUUUUCAACAAUUUUAAAUAUGAACAGUAAAAGUUUAGUUUUCAUCUUUGGAAUCCUUGCUCUUGUAGCAGCAGAGGAAAGCUAUUUCAUCGAAGAUCAGUUUGGUACAGAAUAUCUUAUGGUACCGCUUCCACUCAGUCGACAAAGAAGACAAACGACAGUGGACAUCAACAAAACUCCUGGUGGAACACAAGUAGCUCUAGGUCAUAAAGGAACCAUUUUCGAAAAUGACAAUCACUUAGUUUCCGGACAAGGUUUUGUUUCAAAACAAUUUCGUCCUACUGGUCCAACUACACUUGGAGCAGGUCUUGGUUACGAACAUAAACCAUCAGGUUCUGGAAUAAACUUGGGUGCAUCAAACACUCGUGGUUUCGGGACUGACCUUUCAGCUACUGGAACUGCCAAUUUGUGGAGCAAAGGAAAUUCCAGAUUAGACGCCUACGCCAACUACGACCGACAUUUCGGUGGUCCAUGGGGUACUGGAAGACCAAAUUAUGGAGGAGGAUUGCAGUUUACGCAUAGAUUCUGAAAAGUGUAUGGAAUCCAUUGACAUCAGUGCCAUUUGUUCAAUGCAAUGAUUAGUUUAAUGAAUAUUAUGUCUCUUUAUCAUUCAUUAUUUAUGUUUCAUCUUAAAAACUUGUAUAUAACUUCGAAAUAAAUUUUUCAACCCAAA